GAACUUCUUGGCGACACCGUAGAAGUACUAGAACUACCUGUUUGUGUGGCCGUGGACGACAAUUCAGAUAAUAUCAGCAUUUCUAACGUUCCAAUAUGACGGCUGCUAGCGUGAGGGCUUCCAAUAUCUGGGCAACGUGGAACUCGAUCAGCGACGAUGGUCUGGUUGGGUGGGUACCCUCUACGGUAGCAGCUGAAGGCAUCCGGGAAGCGUUUGAAUCCGAGACCGGAAUGAAGUUCGUCACGGAGUGGAAAACGGGACCGUGGAGGAAUCCCAACGGAGAUGAUUCUGAUGUCGACCUCGUGGUGGUGAGGAAAAAGUCAAAGAGUUCCAAGUUGAAGGCAAAGGAGGAGAACCAAACGAAUGGAGAAGAAUGGGAAGGUGCCGCUGACGAAGAUCUUGAUGAAACGGAAGAUCAGACCGAACCUCAGAAGGGAGGCCAAGAGAAGGUUGUGCCAUUCAAGACGCGAUUCACAGAUACCAUAUGGAAAGAAACCACUGUGCCGAAUGACGGUGUACCAUUCUUUAGCAUAUCACGGUUCAUAUGUUCAUGUAUCUUCGGCAAAGACAGACACGAUAGAGGUAAACAAAGAAUGCGAAGACAUGAACAGGAACAAAAGAGAUCUGAAGAGGAAGGGACCCCUCUUCCCAAGCGGAGACAAAGAGCUGCUACAAGAAAGGUCUGCUGCCCGGCCAUGCUGGCUAUGAAAAAAGUUGUGCGGUUUCCAGACUUUAAGGUGAAUGAGUUCACACCCAAAAAGUGUCGUGAGAUGCGGGAGACCCUACGAGCCAAGCUCCUUUCGGGGGAGGAGGUUCGGAGAGAGAUCCGCGUCUACAUGAAGCUACCAACGGAGGCAGACCACGCAAAACACGAGCUAGUUGGGGAACCAAAGAAGAAACGAAAGAAACUGAUCAAGUACAACUCCAAUGCCCCAACAGCUACGCUUGAGGACAUCGAAAAUGCCUACAAGGUCGUUCAGAACAGCGCCCUCUGUAAGCGAACUCCCAUGAUGCUCCAUGCCGAAGUGCUGUUGGACCUGGACGUCGGUUGUGAACUGGGUCUGAAGCUGGAGAACAUGCAAACCACUGGCUCUUUCAAAGUUAGGGGCUUAGCCAAUCAGCUCGCUCAGAUUCCUCAGAGCAUCAACAAAGAGGAAGUAGAACUGGUUACCAUGUCAGCAGGGAAUUAUGGGAAGGCGUUUGCGUUCGCCCUACAGGAUUCAGGUUUCAAAGCGAGGGUGCUCAUGCCUGAUACAGCCCCAGCCAACAGGGAGGAAGUUAUGAAGAGUUAUGGUGUAGAAGUUGAGAGACUGCCUAAUGAUGUGCUCAAGCCCACCAUCGAUCACUAUGUCACAGAAUAUGGAAUGCACUAUCUACAUCCCUUUGACGAUUUUCAUCUGAUUUGCGGUCAUGGAAGUGUAGGUUUAGAGAUCCUGGAAGACGUUCCAGACCCUGAUGUGGUACUGGUAUGCUGCGGGGGAGGAGGUUUGCUGGCUGGAAUAGCCGCUGCUGUUAAACUAUCAGGGAAAUCUGAGACAAGGGUCUAUGGGGUUGAACCUGAGCAAGCUUGCUUGAUGUAUAUGAGCAUGCAGCUGAACAAAGUUGUGAUAAAUCCCUCGGUUCAGUCUGUCGCCUCAGGAUUAGCACCACCCUUUGCAGGUUACAACGCGUAUCGUCAUGCUGCCAAGUACGUAGAUGAUAUCCUGUUGUUGAGUGAGGCCGAGAUCAUUGCUUCCGUCACACGUCUUUACCAUGCUGGCCUGGUGGUGGAGCCAGCAGGAGCAGCAGCCUUUGGGGCACUUCUCUUCGGCAAGGUACCCGACAUCGAGGGCAAGAAGGUGGUUGCUGUCAUCACUGGAAGUAAUGUCUCACCGGAAGAGCUUUGCAAUAUCAUUCAGACAGCAUCGUGACAGGGUUCAUAGUAGGUCAUCAAGAGUGAAAAGGCAGUCACUGAGAUCACUGGAAGUAACGUCUCACCAGAAAAACUUCGCAAUAUUGUUCAGACAGCAUCGUGACGGUUCAUAUGACAUCAAGGACAAGAAGAUGGUUGCUGCGAUUACUGAAAGUAAAGUCUCACCUGAAGAGCUUUGCACUGUUGUCAGACAGUAUCGUGACUAGUUUCAUAGCAUGAUAUUAAGGGCAAGAAGAUGGUCGCUGUCAUCACUGGUUGUAACAUAUCAACGGAAGAGGUUUCUAAUAUCCUGCAGAUGGUAUCGUGACAGGGUUCCUAUGACAUCAAGGACACGCGGCAGUCGCUGUGAUCACUGGAAAUAAUGCUUUACUAGAAGAGCUCUGUCUCAUAUGAUUCAGACGGCAUCAUGACAGGGUUCAUAGUAUGACAUUGAAGGUAAAAAGCUGUUCGCUGUCGUCACUGUAAUGUCUUGCCGGAAGAGCUUUGCAAUAUUGUUCAGACGGCAUUGUGACAUGGUUCAUAGUAGGACUGACGGUUGGAAGAAGCAGCUUGGACCUAAAAAUGUAUCAAGAGUCUUGGCUAUCAAGGAAUAGCAGUACAGCAAGACAAUCCUGUUGCAGGAAUCAUUCUGCAAUGAUGGUUGAAGAUACAAGGUGCACCAUGUCUCGCUUAUCAAAGAAUGGCAGUACUGUGAGGCAAUGAUUUUGCAGGAGUUAUCCUGCAAUGAUGGUUGAAGGUGCAGUUUGGACCUAAAGAUGCAUCCUGUGUCUCGACUAUUGACAAACUACAGUAAGAAUUUGCCUGCAAUGAUGGUUAGCAAUUUGGACCUAAAGAUGCAUCUGUCUUGCCUGUCAACGAGCUGGACAAUUCCAUAAAAUGUGUAUGUCAGACCCCCUAUAUGUGGGACAUUUAGGAAAUAUUUUGUCUCUGAUUUCUGGUUCUUUCGACAGUCUGUAAUGUUCUCAGAGGACCAUGACUUGGUCAGGUUAAGAAGUAAAGUAAGACUUGAGAAAAAUGGGGGUCUGACGUACAAAAAGGUUGAUUUUUUAAUGGAAUUGCCCAGCUGCAAUACUGGAAGGCAACGCCUUUACAGGACAUUCUGCAAUGAUGGUUCAAGACGCGAUUUGGACCCAAGAUUCAUCAUGCCUUGGUUAUCAAAGAACUGCAAUACUGCAAGGCAAUGUUGCAGGACCCUUUCUGCAAUGAGAGUUGAAGGCAGUAGGACUCCUCAAUAUACAUGCUGAAUUAAGCGCAAUUGCACAAAAUCUUCAUCCAUCAAAGAAUUAGACGUGAAUUUAAAAGAAAUGUUCACAGAUGAGCAGCUCUUCUUCAUAUGUCAUGUGAUAUUAAUUCCCCUACAUAUAUGUCCAUUUCCUCCAAAUGUUGAAAUGAUUUAAUUUGUGCUGGGGAUAUAUCAUCAAUAUCAUCAGACACAUAAUUUUAUAUCCUCUUCUACGCGAUAUUUUUAUUAAUGUCCCAUUAAAAAAUUUGAAUUUAUGGAAGAUAUUUAACAUGUUGUAUUGAGAAAUUGCUCGCUUAUGACCUCACAAAUUAUAUCCAGAUUAAAAAAAAAUUUCUCUUAGUCUCUUCUUCCUUGAUGGAUUUUCAUCAGUUUCACCAAUAUUUUAUACCAAUUUAUCUGCUUUUAUUACAACAAACUAUUGUCAGUGUAAAUUUCCCUUUAAACUAUAAAAUUGUUGUAGGUUUUCACAAGCUCUGCAGAUUCAGUAUUAGCAUUUUUGAUUAAAAAUCAAAGAUCUGAAUAAUUAUAAAUCAGAAAUUCAUAGGAGUCCAGGACCUCGACAAAGCUUGGCUAUUGAUUGGGGAACUGAUUUUUACAAUUGAUUGCAUUGACUAUUGUGUGUGAUCAAUCAUAAAAAUCAACCCCGUGAUCAAUUGCUAAGCUUUAUGUUUAUGUUACUGGGGGUCGUUUCAUAAAGCCGUUUGUAAGCCAAAAGUGACUUUAAAAAAUGACUGCUGAUCCUUUCUUGUAAAUGAUAUUCAUCACUAAAUAUUCAUUAGUGAUUAUAUAGAGCAGAAGGUUCACCAGUUCUUAACUUACGGACAGCUUUAUGAAACAGCCCCAGGGCCCCAAUACAAGGUGGGUGUUACGUAACGCUAUUAAUAAGUUAAGAGCGACCUAAAGAACAACUGGUGAACCUUUCUUAUGUACAUGUACUAAAUAAUCACCAAGGAACAUUUAAUGGUGACUAUCAUUUACCACAAGAAAGGAUCGCCAGUCGUUCUUAAAGCCACUCUAACUUUAUAGGAACAGCUUUAUGAAACGCCCCCAGCAUCCUAACCUUUUUUGCAAGGCAAACUCGAAAGUUGGUCCUGUUUUAUCUUUACUUUAAAUAUGUACCUUUUUUCACUUAUCUAU